CCAUCUAGUCAGUCCCAUCGCCUGCUCCGCGAGCGCUAGCAUGUUUCUCUUCUAUCUCCCAUUGUCAGGAUUAUCUCUGAUUCUAAUUCUACAAACCAUCAAAUGCCAAAUCACAGAUGUGGCGCUCCAAGACACAGUGCUUAAACUUCAUAAUGGAUAUAGACAGCUUCAGAUGGCUUCAGACAUGAAGAAAUUGGUUUGGGACGAAAAUCUGGCCACGGAAGCUGCGCAAUGGACAAAGAACUGUAUCUACGAGUUUCGAUAUGGCAGUCACGGGGAGAACAUGUAUUACUUUGAGACCAAACUUCCGGACAAUAUUCUGGUAGAGCGCGCCAUUGACGCCUGGUACAGCGAGCGCUACUCAUGGCGGAUGUCAGGGGAUUGCGCCGAGGCUUGCAGCUACACUCAGCUCGUUUGGUCAAAGACCCAGAGAGUGGGCUGUGCCGUACAGAAGUGUACUGAGCUGACGAUGCCGGAGGAGUUCAUUCCCGGCGCCUGGUUCUUCUACUGUCUGUACGACCCAAAGGGAAACACAUUCGGGGACCUUCCUUACUCAAAGGGCGGAGCUUGCGAGAAAUGUGGAGCAACGGAAGUUUGUGUAGACAAGCUAUGCGCAGAAAAGACUGUGGCGCCGACUCUACCCGCGCCCACUACCACACUUCCUCCCCCCGUGGUACCCAGCAUGCCACAGCCAGUACAGCUAGAACAACAACACCGGUCCGCCCUGGAGAAACAACAGGCCCUGAUCCAAGAAACGCUCAAAAAGCAGAGGGCGCUAGAGGAACAGCUGCGCACGCAGCAGAAACUUAUCGAACAGACGCUGCUGGUGGGUAAAGCACCGUCCAAGGCGCAGGUCGCCUGGGUAAAGGACCCAGUGGUGACCACCCCCAAACCGGCUCGAAAGUGGAACCAUGCCCCAUCAACGGAGUCCACCGUUAACCGGAAUUCCGAGUUCGACCAAAAAUCUAACUCUAGAAAUGGGAUGAUGUCUUCGUUUUCGAGUUCGCGUGGCGGACCGACGGACGACAGAACAGAAGUUGGCGGCAGAAGAUACGUUCAUAUCACGAACGAGAGAGAGUCACGCCGACAACCGGUGGUCGACACGCAUGAAGCGAAUUUCUUUACCUUUCAACGCCCAAGAAAUCGGUUUGCCUCUCUGCAGCUAUGGCAACCCAGCACCACCACGCCCAAGGCCCCGAUGUUUGUUUUGAACCCCCAGCCCCGACUUUCGUCCGUACAGAAAACCGUCACCAGCAUGAGGCCGCUUAAACCCAGUAAAAACAGAAUGUCCACGAUAGGUACCGGAAACGUCUUGAAAUUUACCUACAAACCAAACUCAUCCUUAGUUUCGGUGUCUCAAAGAGAAAAAGCAUUAAAAGACAGACGGGUAAAAGCGAUUCCCAGAGAAAAUGCCCGCCCAUCUUUAAAAGUAACUGAUCUUAAAGUACAAAAACCAGAGACAGCGCAGCAGAACCCGGUAGAGCUGACAGCCUCCGAUAGCUUUCGUUUUGGGGGCGCCAGGGGGUUAGAGAGUCAGCAUGCCUCCUCUAGCGCCUUGCGAUCUCGCCAGCGACAGCACUCGUCACUGAGCAUCUUCAAGGCCCACUCCUCUAGCCAGGUCACCACUUCCGGUCAGAAGAAAACGGUGUCCAACAUUGUAGAGUCCAGUGCAGGGGAACAAUUGAAGACAAGCCAAUUUCCGAAACAGACAGCGAACCAAAUAUCUGUCGCACACGCUGCAACAAGCAAUGGGCAAGCUAGAGAGCGGCAAAACCCGGCCUUCCGUUCUCGAACUGUGUUUACCUCCCGUACCUUAGUUCCCUCUACUACUCUCCCUCCCUCAGUACCCACACCCCCGACUCCGGUCCUGACGACCCUCCCACCGGACUGUGUGGACAAGGACGUCUACUGCCCGUACUGGAAGGUUUACUGUGAUAGAAACACCUACGUCUUCGAGAACUGUCGGCGGACGUGCAAGUCCUGCUACGUCCCACCCCCUCCCAUAAUUCCACUUCCUGUCGCAGAAACCUUAGCAACUGACAGCAGCCAGCAGUUCCAGGAAACCAGGACCCAAUAUCAGGAGACAUCUCAGAUCCAGCAACAAUCAAGCAUCUCCCAGCAACAAACCGUGCAACAGGAGAACAAUCAGCAACCUAGCUACAUUCACCAGACUAUCAUACAGGAGCAACCUAACGUCAAACAAAGUGUUCAAGUGGAUCAAGGAUAUCAACAACAGAUGUCCAUUCAAUCCAGCAACCAGCAAACACAGCAGUAUCAGCAACAAUACGUCAUGCAGCAACCUCAAUCCGUCUUCCAACAGGAGCCUCAAGUUAUUCAGCAGACCCAGGUUUUGUACCAAAAACCACAGCAGCAACCCCAAGUGUAUCAACAAUCCGGAUUCCAGAAUUUUCAGAAUCCGCAACCAAUGCAACAGCAGGUGAAUUACAACCAGCAGCAAACAGUCGAUUACUCUCAGCCCACUUCAGUGUUCAAUCAGUGGGGCGUAGACAUGUCUGGUCAACAAAACAUGCAUGAAAAAAACUUGCACGUGAACUUCCAACAGUCGGGUCAAACAGUCAAUCAAAUCAAAGGACAAAAACCAGUACAAGAGAUUCAAACUCCCAAACCAACCAAGGCGACAAUGCGAAUUGAAUUUCGUGGACACACUCCAGCCACACUAAGCUUCAAUAAACAGCCACUUAAGAAACGGGAACCAGUCGGAGAAAUAAAUCCCCACAUAAAGGUACAGGAACCCCUUCCAGAGGGCGUGGAACCAAGGACGACAACUCCUACCACUACCAGUACAACAGCUUCCACCACUACGACUACCCCAACUACCACCACCACCACCACCACCACCACUCCUCCCACACCUUCACCCACGCGCCCCCCGACACGACCUCCAUUUCGUCCACCCAUGCGUCCGCAAAUUCGACAACCGACCACUAUACCACCCCAGAGAGGCUACAUGAACCAGGGUGCGUAUGCUGUCAACCAGUACAAUCCCCAGGCCGGUUUUUACAACAACUAUCAAAACCAGAAUAUCCUCUACCAAAACACGAACGCACAGCUUCACCAGUCUCAGCAGACUAACCAGAUACAGACCAAUCAAAUUUACAGCCAUGCGGCGGCUAGUGGAUUUCAGCCGAACUUCAUAACACACCAACAGAUGUACAGGCAGACGACACCUGCUCCAAUCGUUUUCCAGCAACCAGUGGUUCAACAAACACAGCCAGUCAUGUACCACCAUCAACAGCAACAACAACAACAGCAGCAGCUUCAGCAACAUCAACUACAACAACAACAACAGCAACUACAACAACAACAAAAACAACAACAGCAGCUUCAGCAACAACAACUACAACAACAGCUUCAGCAACAACAGAUACAACAGCAACAAUUUCAGCAACAGAGACAGACAACCCAGGCAAGAAACGGCUUUUUCGGACAAACACAAGUCCAGGUCCAGUCACUUGAUUUGAACACUCCACUUCGUACCCAAGCAACGUAUCCACCGCCAGUGCUUCUAUCAUCAAAACGACAACAACAAGCAUUGCCACAACAAAUACAACACAAUAUCAACACACACUUUCAACAGCAAACUUAUCAGCCAAAACAUUUUACAAAGUCGCCGACUAAUCAAGACGUGCGGCGCCAGCAUCAACAGUCGACUGACCUGUUCAGCAGUGCUCUUAUUGGAGAAAACUUUGGUCAAGCCAAUAUCAACCUAGCCAGUAAUCUUGGAACACAGCCCGGUCAGUAUCAGCGCGUGAAGGCGUCCAGUGACGUCAGCUGGUACUACUCGGUCUCCACGCGACCGCCAAGCAUCUCUCCCACGGAGCCGUUCCCGACCCAGACAUUGCUAGAUCUUAAUUUAAAACUUUAUGAAAAUCCUAAUAACAUAGGUGUUCAGUCUAAUUCAACGGCGAAAACGAGGCCGCAGACGUGUGAUGACGUGGACGUGCGGUGCCCGCAGUGGGCGCAGUGGUGCGGUAUAGACGAGUAUGUGGACAAUAAUUGUAGGAAACUGUGUAAAAACUGCAGGUGAUGUCACAAGUACUGCAGAUUCUAACGAUAAACUUCCUUCAAAAGGAAUCAAGUUAAUUCAACGAGAAAAGAAUCUAUGGGCGGAGUUGUUGCCCUUUCAAUCCCAGACGACACAUCAUCCCGGACUUGGCGAGAUUUGGACGAUGCUUUGUCGUACAGGCAGUAUAUAAGGAAUGCUUGCAGUUUCGUGUGUUGAUUAUGAUUGUGCUUCCACUUGUUUCAGCCUGCACAACUUUCAGUGAUUUUUCUUUCAUUAUUUGUUAUGUUCUAUCAUGCAGACUAUUUUCAUUAAUUCAGAUUGUCACCCUGUUUCCUUGAGGUGUCUCUUGAUUUUGGUUUCUUGUUUGUGAUAGUGCUAUAAUGUUUUUCUUGUCUUCGUACAAGAGAGAUACCUAAAGACUUUUUUUGAUUUAAUUGAUACAUUAAUUCUUUGUUUAAUGUAUAACUAAUAAAAUAAAUAAUUUGUC